CGCAUUUUCUGUUUUAAGUUACCUCCCUUAUGUAAACAACAUACCCAGCAACCCGGCAUUGAUAAACUAUAAGAUCAACAUGUUGAAGCAGGAUUUUAUUGAAAGACGGACACAUGUGAGUCAUGUGAUUCCCCCUCAGUGGAAACUUGACCCACAAGGACAGUACUAUGAACUGGAUUUAAAAAUGUGUCAGCUUAAAGAACUCAAUUAUGAUUUUAAUUGGGGAAAAGAAGGUGGACCUCUCCCUCGAAUGGCGUCAAUUAUUGAGGUACCAUCACGGAUUGUGAGACUUGACUUGUCUUUAAAUGAGUUAGCAGUACUGGAUCACGCCGGUCUAAGACCUUACAGAAACCUCAGGGAACUCAAUGCAUCACUCAACAAAAUUAGCAAUUUCACUGGAAUAGAAAUAUUGAAGUAUCUACAAACCCUGAACCUGUCUCAUAACUUCAUUAGUAAGAUAGAGAAUCUAGUAUCAAGUUCCUCUCUAAUUGAGCUGAACCUCAGUAUGAAUGAGUUAACUGAUGUGUCAUAUAUGCCAAGUUUGAUCAACCUGGAAGUUUUAAAUAUCAGUAAUAACAAGUUAAGAUCUCUAGAUGGUGUUCAGUCUCUGGCAAGAUUACGAGAGCUUCAUGCACAGAGAAACAAUGUAGAAGAUAUAGUACCCCUGACAAGCUGUUUCCAUCUUCAAGUUUUAAAUGUUGCAGACAAUCAUAUAAUUGCCCUUCACAAUACUGUUGAUAUACUUGCCCAACUGAGGAGGCUUGAAGUUCUCAGUCUUCAUGGAAAUCCAGUAGAGAAAGAUCAUAUGUAUCGUACUGAGAUCAUUAAAUCAACAAAUGUGAUGACACUAGACAAUAUCUCUGUUAGACCAUUACCAAAACCAGCAGAUAUGGACAGAGUACAGUAUGAUGAGAACUAUAAACAUGUUCAGAAUAUUCACACACUGAAGGAAGCUGCCAGGCAGGCUUUUGAAGAGCGAAUGAGAGAUGCUAAAACACAAAUGGCUGAUCAGAUCGGAUUCUUACAAAGGAGGAUUGUGAUGUUACAGAAAGAAUAUCAAGAAUACGAGUCCACAUUACGUAAUGACCUUGACUCCUGCUUAAGAUAUCUGGACAAUUUGUCCCAUACGGAGAUAGGAUCUUUUGAUAGAUCAGCUAUGAGGGAUAGUAUGGGAACACCACAACCAAAGCCAUGGCAUAGAAGUCACAGAUCCCAUGCAGAUAGGGAUAAAACAGAUUACAGUAACAUUAAGAAAACAGAACAGGUUUUAAUGUUUGCUAGCAAGGAGCUUAAGAAGUGAAAAUUCUUUCUAAAGAGACAAAACAUUGUGGACAAAACAAGACAGCUCAGUAUGAGAGGAAUGGAAAUAUUGUGUUCAAUAACACUUUGUCAAAUAAUCUUGUCAUUUUCUCAUUAUCAGAUAAACUUGGCAUUAUCUCCUAGGAGAAGAUUGACAUAACGACAAUUAUGAUCUGUGCAUGAAAUUUAGUGACUAAAGUACCAGUUUUAAAUUAGGCUAUUUCCUACUGGCUAUAUUUUAUAAGUUAGCUUUUUAUAAAUGUUUGUAUGACUAUGCUUAGGUAAUUCUCUACUAAGAAUAACCUUAUAUCUUCUUAUUAUAUUAUAAUAAGAAUGAAUAUAGUGUUAGAGCAGCAGGACAUAGAGGAUAUUGAAUAAGUGUAAGUUCAAUACUGAAUUUAUUGCUCAAGUUGAAUAAAAUUGAAUAAAAUCGCAAGAGGCUCGCAUAAUAUUAUUUUAUUCAAGGAGUUCAAUAAAGUCAGUAAUGAACUUACACAAAUUUGAUAUUCUAUUUAUCACAUACCUAAAAUAAAGACCAUUUAAAGUGAAAAAAGAGUCAUUUUUCAUUGACGCGCCU